UGUCUUAAUGGUAAAUUAAUCAAUGAUUUUAAUAUUCUUCGAUUUAUUGUAAGCGUAGGAACUUGCGAACAUCCGCUUAACAUGGCGCUCUCUAACGACAUGUGCGGAAGAUAACGCUCGUCCUUUGUCGUAUUUCAUUCUAUUUCAAGCAUCGAGUGUGGCUAAUAUUUCGUUUUUGGAUUCUAUUUAAAGUUUUAAAGCAGUUACAUAAUCAAUUUGUGAUCUUGAAUGAAUAUUACGACAUAAUAGACGGUCAUUGCAAUGGUGAAAACCCGACGUAGUAACGGAGAGAAUGGGGAGGUUGACGAAGGAAAUUAUUCAAUAAACCACGUUGGCAGCGUGUCUGAUGAGAAGGCAUCAAAUUGGUCCCAAAGGGAGUUGAGAAGUAGUCAAUAUAAGGUUGCAAGGAAAAUACAACGCUGGCCAACCAGAUACAGCCGCAGUAGACUUCGAGCAAUCAAAAUGCCUCGUACGAUAAUGUUUCCUGAAAGUGACACUGAACCUGAAAAAUAUUCCAGAAGAUCUCGUCAAGUAAGGGUGUUCUUUGCUGAUGAAAAUGAUUCUAACAAUAGAAGUAUGAAAAUUCGACGUAAUCGUGGACCAAGAAAGAAUUAUAUGGAAGAUAGUGAGGACAAACCCAUACAGCAAAAUGUAAGAAGAAGUUGUCGCAAGCGUAAACUUCUGCAUCAUAAUUUUAAUGAAAGCUGGAUUACUAAUGAAUUGAAAGUCAAAGGAUACCCAGAUUUGUAUGGAUUUCCUGGAACAAGUUCAUCGGAUGAGUUUUCUUCAGGAGAUGAAGCUAGAGAAACUAAGAAAUUGACUCGCAGUCAUGCUCCAACUAACACAGACGAGGACACACAGCUGUCACGCCAGAGAAGAACCUCAGCAAGAUUUACAAACAAAAAGGACGCUUCAGAAUCGGAUACUGACAAUGAAAGCAAUCAGACUGUUAUUGAGAAAAAACCGAUUGAGGAAAAAUUGGUAAAUGAGAAGAUGGACACGGAAGUGAUAAAACCUAAGGAUGAAGAAAAGAUUGAAGAUAGGGACAGUGAGAGUAACCAAGGCCCAGCUCGAUCAACGAGAGGUAGAGGGAGACGUGGUCAGAAAAAAGUUGAUAUACACCAAGAAUCUGCGUCGUCGUCGUCGUCGUCGUCGGAGUCGGGCAGCUCGCUGCGGCCGCGGCGCUCGGGCCGCACGCGCGCGCAGCCCGCCUUCGUGCAGCUCGCGGGGGACGCCCGGCCCAGAGGCAAAACCUUUACUAUUAGGAAAAAGCCUUACAGUCUGAGAGAAAGAAAACCAAAGUUACUUCGAAGGAAAACAAUCCGAUCUCAAUCUCCAUCAAACAGCAGCACCAGUAGUAGCACAUCUAGUUCAGACACGGAAGAAGAUCUAAAUGUGUCUAUGAAAAAUAAGACGAAGGGCAGACAAAAAUCAAAGUCGAUGGAUGAUAAGAAAACUGACAGAGCUUUAAGAGAUAUACAACCAAUAGAAGUUGAUGGCAGUGUGAGGUUUUCAUCUGUUGGGGGUUUAGAGGAACACAUAAAAUGUCUCCGAGAAAUGGUGCUGUUUCCGCUGAUGUAUCCAGAGCUGUUCGAUAAGUUCAAAACUCGACCGGCCAAAGGUGUCCUGUUUCACGGUCCGCCCGGUACUGGGAAAACUUUACUAGCGAGGGCUCUGGCAAACGAAUGCAGAUUGGUCGGUGGGAGAAAAGUGGCUUUCUUUAUGAGAAAGGGGGCGGACUGCUUGAAGAAAUGGGUGGGGGAGAGUGAGAGGCAUUUGAAGUUGCUGUUCCAACAGGCGAACAAGAUGAAGCCGUCGAUAAUCUUCUUCGACGAGAUCGACGCGCUGGCGCCCGUGCGCAGCGUGCGGCAGGAGCAGGUGCACACCAGCGUCGUGGGCACGCUGCUGGCCGAGAUGGACGGCGUGUGCGAGAGGGGUGAAGUAGUAGUAAUAGGAGCAACGAAUCGUCUGGACGCCGUUGACCCGGCCUUGAGGAGAGCCGGUCGCUUCGACCGCGAACUGCACUUCCCGCCGCCACACGCAGCCGCGAGGCGAGAUAUAUUAGAGAUAUACACCAAGGACUGGACGCCGAUGCCCAGCGAAGACACCUUGAAUCAUAUCGCCGAUAUCACGAACGGAUAUGGGGGAUCCGAUUUAAAAGCAUUGUGCUCGGAAGCAGUAUUAAAAGCGCUCAGGAGAGUGUAUCCUCAAGUGUACGAUAGUGAAUACGCAUUGGUCAUCGAUCCCAAAAAUGUGGAGGUGACGGUGCGCGACCUGCGCGCGGCGGUGGCGGGGCUGGUGGCGGCGGGCGCGCGCAGCGGCCCCGCGCCGGCGCGCCGCCUGCCGCACUACUGCGCGCCGCUGCUGCAGCCGCAGCUGCGCGCCGCCGCCGCGCUGCUCGGCGAGCCCUUCCCCGUCGGCGCGGCCGCGCAAAACAUGGACACACCAGCGGCUUCCAACGUGCUGCUGCUGUCGGGCGAGUGCGCAGAGACGCACCUGGCGCCGGCGCUGCUGGCGCAGAUGGAGCACUGCCCGGUGCGCGAGCUGAGCGUGUCCGCGCUACACUCCGCACUCGCCUACACGCAGGAGCAGGCGCUCAUAUCGCUGUUCUCGGAGUGCCGGCGCUGCGACCGCGGCUGCAUCCUGUUCGUGCGCGACGUGCUGGACGUGUGGCGCAGCCUGAGCGCGGGCAGCGGCGCGGCGCUGCUGCUGCAGCUGUGGCGCACGCGCGCCGCCGGGGACGCCACGCUGCUGCUGGCCACCGCGCCGCCCGACGCCGACCUGCCGCCGCAGCUUCAAGAAAUGUUUCCACCAUACAAAAACUGUAUAUAUGGGGUUCGUGAAGCCACUUCUUCAGAAGUUAUCAACUUUUUAAAACCCAUUAUAACAGAAGCACCCUUGGAGCCACCGGUAAUUGAAAAUACUGAACCGCCACCGCCUUUACCGCGGGCUCCACCACCACCUCCUCCCCGAGAGAGCAAAGAAGAAUUGGCUAGACGAAAGCGAAAGGAGGACUACAAGCUGCGAGAAUUAAGAAUAUUUCUACGCGAUAUCUGUAGAAAAUUGGCUUCGAAUAGACGUUUUUAUAAGUUCACCAAACCUGUGGAUUUAGAAGAGGUGACGGAUUAUCUCGAUAUUAUAAAGCAGCCUAUGGACCUCGAGACCAUUAUGACGAAGGUGGAUCUGCACAAGUACAAUUGUGCAAAGGAAUUCCUUGAUGACGUUGACUUGAUAUGUGCUAAUGCAUUAGAAUAUAACCCGGAUAGAACAUCGUCCGAUAAGCAAAUCCGCCACGAGGCCUGUUCGCUGCGAGACCACGCCCACGCACUCAUCGACGUGGAGAUGGACAGCGACUUCGAGCUCGAGUGUCAGGACAUCGCGCGGCGCCGGCGCGACGAGGGCGCCGCCGACAACGACCUGCCCGACUUCAUAUACACCGCCUCCAACCUGCCGGACGGAUUCGAUACGACAGCGGACGACGACAGCAAGGCGGUGCGGACGCCGCACAACGGAGAGAAAAACGAUACGCACUCCGCGAAACGAAAGCGAAGACGGAUUAAUGCCUGGUCGAAGGGACUGGUCGUGAAACGGCAGAGGACGGCACAGAAAAGCUACAAGGAGGCGCACAUCGCGAUAACGGACGAGGAGUCGAAGGAGAACAAGCCGAUCACGUCGACGCUGCUGCCGGCGAGCUCGUGCAGCUCGUCGGGCUCGGACGACGACGCGCCGCUGCGCCGCCCGCGCGACUGCGACGACCUGCUCGACCUGCGCCCCCCGCGCCCCCCGCAGGCCAACCACGUGCUCGACAGUCCUGCCAAAUCAACGGAGAAGUCACCAACAAAAUCAUCGCCAAAGAAAAGAAAUUCAGGUCACGAGGCAACGAGUGGAGAUGCUGAGAAGGUACUGAUAAACAAGACUGAACUAGAUAACAUUCUUUAUAAGAACGCGAAGGCGCUACGGAACAUCGGCCUUGAAGCAUUAUUGGACCUGUACGCUCAGUUAGCAGGCGCCGUACGAUCGUACUCCACAAAAUACGACCGUACGAAGCUUCCGCACGAACUUCAGACGAUUAUCACCAGGUACUUGCAGCUCGCGAGGAAAUGAGCGAGGAAAGUCGACAAGCCUUCAGUCAAAAGUCAUACGAAUGAGUGCUGACAAUAUUGUCUCAACUUGUAUUCCUAACCAGAAUUUAUCUGUACAGCGUCCCCCUUAUGACCCAUAGACGUAUAACAUGGACGAAAUUUCUUCUAUAGUAUUUUUUAACUUCUAUAAAAAAGUAGAUUAUAAAAACAAAACUUUUACAACUCUCAGCUAUAAGUCAUGAGACUAAAAUUGAUUUAAUGUAAUAAAAACCUACUAGCACUAUUACGUCACAACGUCAAAUGUUAUUUGUCUAUGGUUACUUGUUAAUAGACUAGGAUUUUAAAUUUUUCAAAGCCGUCCAAAGCGUUUUUUAAGAAAGACCAGUAAUUUUGAAUAGUGACAAAAAUUGAGAUUUUGACAGAAGGCUCUCUCGAUACAGGUAACAGUGUGUCGGGAUAAUACAUUCCAUGUUAAUGUGGAAAGUUAAAGUAUAUGUUGAAUCUAUGUAGCCAGGUAUUAAAGUUGGGGAAGGGUGUAGAGAAUAAUUAGAAUAGAGUUUGUUUUAUAUCGUUUGGUCUGGUUGCACUAAUGAUUAAAUACCAUAUCCUUGUCGUUAAAAAAAUAACUGUUUUUAUGUGUUCUUAUUUCGAAAUGUUCUCAUCGACUAUGUCAAAAUCGAAUAACACGAAUAUAAAGUUAUAAGGUGUGAUGAGCAUCACCUAAACAGCCAAAUUGUGAUACGUGAUAAGUGUUUUAAAGUCUCAGUGGAUGUUAGGAUGGGGAUAAAAAUCUAAGAAUAAAGUAUUAUAUUAGAAUAUUUCGAUCAUUUGUUAUCGCCUUGGUUAAAUAGUUACGAAUAAAAAAAAAAAAUUAGCUUUUAAACGACCAAAGUGAACAAAACUUCAUUACCGUAAAUAUUAUUUAAUAUAGCUAUGUGUAUUCAUGCCAUUAUAAUUUAUACAAAGUAUAAAGUAACUCAAACUUUCUAAGAGAUAAAAGGUGUGAAAAUUAUAUUAAACUUCUGUAUCAUUUUUGCCAUCAAUGUUUAGACGUGUUUGUUGCGUUCGUUUGAAACAUUAACGUGUAGCUUUUAAAUUGUAGUUUCUGAAGUCUAUUGCUUCGGCACUUUUUCUAUAUCAUUUUUCUAAGUAUGUAUAAAAUUACAUUGAUUUUAAAAUAACUAUCCGCUCCGACUUCGUACGGGUGAAAUUCACACAAAAAUUUGACUAUUUAUCGAAGUUGAAAUUUCAAAAAAUCCUUUCUUAGUGAGUGUUUGCUUUGCGGCAGGAGUAACUAUGCUAAUUUUCAUCUAUGAAUAUUUUUUCAGUUAAAGACUAACGCCCUGACUAUUAAACUUUGAUAGCAAAUUUAUUUUCUUUCUUCGAUCAUUAAUAAGUCACUAUACAACGAAAUUAGGGCGUGGGGGUUUUUUGUACGAUUUAAUUUUGUGUGUGCAUCGUGCGUUAUAUUAUUGUAAAUUAUUUAAAAUAUAGUUCAUGUUCAUUUCUUGAUUUAAUCAUAGAAUAUUGUUGGUGUUAUAGAAUACCGAUCUAACUUAUAAAUGUGGUUAAGCGGGUGUCUAGUCAAACACUUUAUCUCUUUCUGUCGUCAUUGAUUUGAUACUCGAAAGAAGAGGACAGAAUUGUUUAACCAAUCUCGCUUUUAAUGUCGGACGAAUUAAAACACUUUUUUUUUUUUAAUUAAUUUCGAAUCCUCGGCAAGAUGCUGAAAUUACAUGAUAUACGAUAAUUUUUGUUUCAAACUAGAAUACAAUAAACAUAAGAAAAUAAUUACUUAACUAUAAUGUAUAAAUACUAAAUAAAAUCAAUUAAAAUACUUCUAACAUAGACAAUAGUAAAAAAGAUUUUAAAACGUACUUUACAAUAAAUAAAAAAUAGUGACGGGUUGUGAAAAUAUUAUAUCGAUUAUAAACAAUUUGGCUUUUUAGGUUAAUCAUAAAACGAGUUGUGUGUUGUAGAUAUUAAUUGAAUUUAUUUAAUUAAUAAAUUAAUUGAAUUGUUAUAAUCGUAAAAACGAGGGCUUCGAAAAUUACUGUAAUUUUUUUUAUAAAGAAUGUUUCAGAUAAAACCUUUAUGUUUACAAACUAUGAUGCCCUGAAAAUGAAUUUAGAAAUAUUUCGAACACUGCCACUAAUAUAUUCCUUAUGUCUUUGAGCGAAGGCUGAUAUUACGAUGACUAAAUCGAACUCCAAGUUGAAUGAGUGUUAUAGGAAUAUAUCAGUUACCCAGAACGAGCUUAAAUAAUUCUGUAUUUAUGCCUACAUUAAGUCUGUGGCUAUUGACAUGUUUAUACUAGAAUUGUGCAAAGUAUGUGUGCACUAUUACUGAUCGAGUAAAUACUCCAUUGAUAUCAAAUACUACUUCAAAGUUCAAUUAAAAGUAAAA